AUGAACUCUUUAACCGUAUUAAGUGUAUUGCUAAUGGUUGUGAUGGUGAGGACAGCACCGGAUCCAUUGCCCGGUGAUGUUAAAGAUGUGGAUCCAAACAAUCUGGCCGUUAAGAAUGCCAUCGGAUUUUUGUUUAACGCAAUUCACGGCUCAAUAGACACCACACAAGCCAUAGGAAUGGGAAAAGUGUUAAAAACUCAGUCCCAAGUGGUUUCCGUAAUACUCGGCGGCAAACAAGUGGUCCGAAGUAAUGAUCCCGAUUUACAGCCCAUUAUUGAUUUCACGGAAUCGAUGCUUAAUAACGGCGUGAACUCCAUAUAUACCCACAAAAUCGCUAACAUAUUGAAAGCCGAGAGACAAGUGGUGUCCGGAGACAAGUAUUAUCUCACCUUUGAAUUUAAGCGAACUAAUUGUCUAAAGGGUCAGCCCAUCCCUGAAAACUGUGUUUUCACGAAAACCGAAAUAUGUUCAGCAGAAGUGUGGUCUCAGCCGUGGCUAUCAGACGGGAAAUUACAACUCAUUAGCUUUCACUGCGAGAGACCUGAAAAAAGAGAUAGUUUUUAACCAAAACUUUCCUCAAAAGUUUCCAUAUAAAAACCUAAACUUGUUUUUACAAUAAAAAAUUUAAAAAACUCAUACUUUUAACAAAACAAA